AUGUCGUAUUUCUCGCAUGCGAAACCGAAGACAAUGCAGAACCGGAACUUUCGUUCGGUUCACAGCAACAUCAGCAGCAUUGGUGGUAAUAAACCGCAGCAACAGAACGAUAAGGCUAAACAUUCCCUGUCACCACCACCACAGAAUUCAAACCCUACAACAAACCGUCAGCCAAUAAUCGAUGAUGACCUGAUCUUCUCGACUCCGAGAUCCGAGUUGAACAAUCCCAUGUCCGACCAGGUUCUUCUCGACGAGAGUACUAGCAAGACUAAUAAAGACGACGCCAAGGAUGGUGACGCGACAGCAACUGAGACAGGGGGGAAGACUAUUGCUAUUACCUCGCCGAUUUUAAAACGUGCACAACCAAAGGAUCUCCCCAGUUACCCUUCGCGUGGUGUUCAAAACCUCGAAGCCUCGGCUGGCAGGGCUGCGUUAUUGGCCGCUUCCCAUUCCAAGUCUCCAGAGGUGUGGAAACCGGCUCACUUGCCCGCAGCUGGUGCAGCCGCAUCGCUUGCAAACAAUAUAAAGUCGCCCGAACCCUGGAACCCAGGUCCGUUACCCACAGCAGCUGCAGCAGCCCUCCUAGCAGGCGAUUCAAAACCACCAGAAGCUUGGAGACCUUCCACUCCUUCGAAAUCAGCUUCGCAAGCUGCGAUAAGUGUUCGACAAAGGGCGCAUACAAUGCCUGAAUCUAAGCGGCCCGUGCAGCCGCCGCAAUCGACUGCAAAUGCCCUCGCCGCGGCUGGGGUAGCGAAUUCGCCCAGAAAACUCUCAAAACCCGCUCCGAAAUCACCACCUGCACUUGCCUAUGAUAUUAACAAAGUCAACGCUCUGGCGGCGCAGAACGCACAAAAUCGCCUCUCUGCUGCUUCGCAACCUAGAUCGGCGUUACCGCAAGCACAGACCGAUAAGAACAUGUCUGAUAUCCUUCGUGCGGCUAGCAUUUCCAUGGCGAAAAAUAUGAACAAAUCGCCGCCUCUUUCUGGUGGCGGUAAUACUUCAAGACAAAGUAUGCCGUCGGGUACUUCGAUGCCACCUGGGAGUUACUAUUCGCAUAUUCCGACAUCACCAAAGAAGGUUACCCCUGCAGACCAGAAGUUGAAUAGAAAAUCUUCAACACAGGCAGCUUCUAUCGCUGCCUCUAGCGAUUUACAUUCUGUUAUAUCUGGAGAUAGCGACGAAAGGCAGAUAAGAUACUACCCACACCUCGAAGAAGCAGCUCGUAAAGCUGCAUCCGAGCGUCUUGCACGUCUUCAGGCAGAACACGACCGAGCUCGUAAAGCGUCCGGUCUCCCACCUAGUUGGCAAUCCGGCGGGAAAGCACCUACUACCCGUGCCCGUUCUUCAACUGCCCCAUCCAGUGCCGCUCCAAAGGCGACAACAACCUCAAAGGCUGCCGCUGCGACAACUACUGGUGCUACACCUCGCCGCCAACCAGAUGCAACAGAUUACGCCCGUUCUAUGAAAAUAAAAUCCGACACUGCGAAGCUUACGAAACAGAUAAAUUCAGUGGAUAAAGAUCGUCAAGCUCGCGAUUACCUCGCCAUCCUUGCCGUUGCCGAAAGGAAUGUCAAGUCUCAAAUGCAGGAUUUGGAAACUAAAGUGGCAGAAGAUCAAGGACGUGUGCCUAAACACCUACAGGCGGAAUGGGAUGCUAAAGCUAAGAUGCUGAGUGCUGAGUAUGAAAGGAAACGAGCGGAGGAGAGCGAGAAGAAGAAAGGAAAGAUUAAUAUGGGUGGUGGCCUGUGGUAUGAUCAAGAAGAUCUGGAAAGAAUUGCACGGGGCAAUGUCCAGCCGAUUUUGGAUGAGAUCAAUGUUAAGGCAGAGAAGGAGCGUGCGAGAGUUGAAGGUUUGAGGGUUGAGAAAGAAACAGCUGAUAGAGAGAGGAAAGCUGAGCAAGAGAGGGCUGCGGGCGUUAAAGCUGAGACCAAGAAGGCGAAAGUUUUGGAGAAAGCAGCAGCGAAAUCCCGACGAGACGCCGAGAAAGCAGAAGAACGUGAACGAAAAGCAGAACUCAAGAAAGCUCAACGGGAAGAGAAAGAACGGGUAAAAACCGGAAAACAGACCUUAAAAGCGGCGGCUGUACCUCUACCAGCCGAAACUCGGAAUAUUGAAGAAACCGCAGGUGUAGGAGCAGACCCCGCCUCGGAUAUGGAAGAAUUGGAACCACGGCCCAUGUCACAAGCUGGCCAUGAGCGAGUUGAUCGUGAACGAGAGAUGCAUGAAGCGGCGAAGAAAGAGAAAGGAUGGUUUGGGAGUCUUCAGAAGAGGAUUGCGAAGAGGGUUCCUGGAACUAAGAAGAAAGAAAAGGGUGCCGUUGGCGGUGAGGUAGCUAUGCCGAAUGUCGCUGAGGUCGAUGAAUUUGAUCCAGCAGAUAACCAAAGCAUAUCAUCGAUCUCAUCCCCCGAACGUCCGAAUUCUACGAGAGAUGUAGCAUUGGCGGGUACGGUUAGCGCGGUUUCAUUGGAUGAUGAGGCGGGGCCUGCUGGAACUGCAUUUGUAGGUGGAGCUGGACUGCAAACUAUCGAUGCCACUCCAGGUAUUCUCGCUAGGCCCAGAUACGCGGGUUCGGAUUCGUCAAGUACUAGUUCUGGAGACUUGUACACUGCGGAACCGAGGUAUAAGGGCUUGACAUCUGCGACGUAUAAUCCUGGCUUGGAGGACGAAGGGUUAGGAAUGCCGGCUUUUAUCCCGGAGACCAGCAGUAGGAGAUAUUCCACUAGUUCGGAUUCUUCACUUGAGAGCACUGGAGUUGCAGAAAAGACUUUUGGGGAAGGGGCGGGUCCAUCUGUAGCUGCACCUGUUACAGAGGAGGAAUCGCGGGAUUUAUUCGGAAGCACACUUUCAGGAAAGGUUAAGAAGUCACUUGAAGAGUUUGCUACAGGAGGAACUGGAACAGAGGUUCCACACGUUUCGGCGGAAGGGCCCAUCACGCAUGUUGAACCGCCUACGCCUAUUGAAGAGGAAUUGAAAGCGCCGAUUAUGCCUGCCGCUACCGCCACAGAAGGAAGUUCGAGGGGGUCUAUGGAUAGCACUCGGGAAAAGAGGUCGAGUCGGUUUAGCGAGAUUUUGUAA